AUGCCAAGAAUCUGGAAAUCGGCUUAUGUCACACCAAUUUACAAAAAAGGACCAAACGAUCAAGUUGACAACUACCGACCUAUUUCCAAAUUAUGUCUAUUUGCAAAAGUACUUGAAAGAAUUGUCUAUGAUCAACUAUAUGCUGCCCUAAAACAUACACUUAGCUUUCAACAACACGGUUUCGUCAACGGUCGGUCAACAACUACUAAUCUUAUAUUAUGUAGUGACUACUUAUCAGAACACAUGUCAGAGCCCUCACAAGUCGAUGUGGUCUACACAGACUAUAGCAAAUGCUUUGAUCGAAUAGAUCAUUUGCUACUAUUACACAAAAUUCAAUCAGUAGGAAUACGAAGUAAUUUAUAUCGGUGGUUCACCUCUUACGUCCAAAAUCGGAGUGAGACAGUUGCCCUAAAUGGUUACACCUCUAAGGCCAUGCCAAUACCAUCUGGUGUCCCACAGGGCUCCUUGCUAGGGCCUUUACUCUUUAAUAUUUUUGUUAAUGAUAUCAUCACAUGUUUCAAGUACUCAAAAAUCAUAUUUUACGCCGAUGAUAUGACAAUAUUAAGUCCUAUAACGUCCCUCGAAAGCGCAUAUCAUUUGCAAGAAGACUUGGGUAGGUUUGAAAAUUACUGUCUAUACAACAAAUUAGACUUAAAUAUUUCUAAAUGCUACAUUUGCACAUACACACGGAAGACUAAACCUAUAAUUUUCCGCUACACUAUAAAACAUAUAGAUAUAACUAGAGUCAAAACUAUCCGCGAUUUAGGAUCAUCUAGAGUAUGCCUCUCAAGUAUGGAAUCCUACUUAUAA